GUGCGCAGGCUGCGAGGGGCGGAGGUUUUGCACUCGCUCUCGCCCGGCCAAGGAUAAAUAGGAGGCAGCUGCGAGGCCUCCUAAAGCUCCUCUUCCCGUCGCCCGACCUUCCCGACAGCCGGCACCCAGCCCAGAGCACCCAUGGACUCCCAGGAUUGCCCUUGCGCCGCGGGUGGCACCUGCACCUGCGGGGACAACUGCAAAUGUAAAAACUGCAAAUGCACAUCGUGCAAAAAAGGCUGCUGCUCCUGCUGCCCGGCAGGAUGUGCCAAGUGUGCACAGGGCUGUGUCUGCAAGGGCCCCCCCUCUGCCAAGUGCAGCUGCUGCAAAUAGGGCUGCACAUCUGGGGGUGCUGCACAUCUGGGGGGCUGAAGAAGAAUAACCUUAUUGUGUAUGUUGGGGUCUUUUUUUUAUAUAUAUAUAUGUGUUCAGAUAUCUUUAGUGUUUUGUCACUUGUGACAUGUGAUAAGCUACCUAAAUAAAAUGAUGUGUAUAUAAAGGUCUAUAA